UUGAUAUUAAAUUAAUAAAGUAAAAAAAUAAAUGAAGAGAUGUUUAGAACCACAUAAUCUUUAUAAAUUUAGUAUGUAACCAUCCUAAUGAAACAUAGUGAAACCUAAAGAUAAGACAGUCUGAACGGAAGGUCUCUUAAUCAUCAUUCUACAACAAAUUAGAACUGUAUUAGAACAGGUUUGUGCACAUCCCUAGCUCCAGCACCGCAAUAGAUAUUUUGGGUGUUGCAAUAAUACAAAGCAUUGCCACUAAGGUAACGAUAUUACUAAUUUGUAAACAAGGAAAAUUGCGAGCCAUUGAUUUUCCGAUUAGCAAGUGGUAGCCGCACACGAUCUAUGGCUGAGAAUAGGGCAACGCCAAUCGCAAGGGUACAACGGAGAUACAUCGUAAUCUGAUGGGCCCCGGGUCCAUCCAGAAUUUUUAAGAACGCCCCCACCGAUAUAUACGCUACCCUUCCCGCAUAUCUUUCUCUGAACAACAUUCUUCAAACCCCAUAAACGUAAAAAUAUACAGUUUCAUAUAGCGAUAACGCGUUUCAAUCUCAACCGGGGAAGAAGAAGAAGAGAAGAGAUAGAUAAUCAGAGCACCUGAAUUCGUAAAGGAAAGGGUGUUUUUGGUUUUCAAUCAUUCCUGCAAAACCAUCUUCUUCCGUUCUUCGUCUACUUUGUCUUCUUCAGAUCUUGUUUGUUGUGGUCGGCAAUGGAGGUCGACGACAACAACAGCGACAAGAAGUACAUUACAUUCGAUGAUUUGAAGAAGCAUGGAAGCAGAGAAGAUCUGUGGAUAUCAAUCCAAGGGAAGGUGUACGAUGUGACGGAGUGGAUUAAGAAACACCCCGGCGGCGAUGUUUCGAUCCUGAAUCUCGCCGGCCAGGACUGUACCGACGCCUUCAUUGCAUUCCAUCCGACCACCGCCUGGAAGUAUCUCGACGCGUAUUUUACCGGCUAUUACCUGAAGGAUUACGAGGUCUCUGAGGUUUCAAAGGAUUACCGGAAGCUGUAUGCUGAUAUUUCGAAAUCCGGAAUGUUCGAGAAGAAAGGGCACGGCGUGAUUUAUUCCUUCACCUUCAUCGCCGUGCUGCUCUCGAUCUGCUUCUACGGUGUGCUGUGCUGCGAGAGUGUGUUGAUGCAUAUGUUUUCCGGUGGGCUGUUGGGCCUGGCUUGGAUGCAGAUAUCGUACCUAGGUCACGAUUCCGGCCACUACACCAUCAUGUCCAGCCGCGGAUUCAACAAAUUCACUCAGAUUCUCACCGGAAACUGCCUCACCGGAAUCAGCAUUGCCUGGUGGAAGUGGACGCACAACGCGCACCACAUGGCCUGUAACAGCCUGGACUACGAUCCGGAUCUGCAACAUCUUCCAGUUCUGGCCGUAUCUUCUAGAUUGUUCCAGUCCAUCAAUUCCGUCUUCUACGGCCGAAAGCUCACCUUCGAUCCGCUCGCCAGAUUCCUCGUCAGCUACCAGCAUUUCACCUUCUACCCCGUGAUGUGCGUCGCCAGGGUGAAUCUCUACCUCCAGACAUUCCUGCUUCUCUUAUCGAAGAGAAGAGUGCCUGACAGAGCGCUGAACAUCCUCGGAACCCUAGUUUUCUGGACAUGGUUCCCUCUGCUGGUUUCCUGCCUCCCGAAUUGGCCGGAGAGGGUGAUGUUCGUGCUGGCGAGUUUCUGCGUUUGCUCAAUCCAACACGUCCAGUUCUGCCUGAACCAUUUCGCCGCGAAUGUGUACAUCGGACCCCCGAAGGCGAACGACUGGUUCGAGAAGCAGAUGCUCGGGACGAUUGACAUCUCCUGCGUGGAGUGGAUGGAUUGGUUCUUUGGAGGACUGCAAUUUCAGGCAGAACACCAUCUCUUUCCCAGGCUGCCCAGGUGCCAGUUAAGGAAGAUCGCCCCUGUCGUUCAGGCCCUCUGCAAGAAGCACAAUUUGCCAUAUAGGAGUCUUUCCUUCCUCCAAGCCAACAUCACCACCCUCAAAACGCUCAGAUCUGCUGCACUGGAGGCUCGGGAGAAUCUGCUCUGGGAAGCUGUCAACACCCAUGGAUAGCCCAUAGCUAGCUAGGCUUAAAGCAGAUCUGUUUCUGUUUCUUUAAUGGUGGUUGGUUUAAUAUGACUACUAUUUAUUACUCCUAUGUGUAUUUCUUCAUUUAUUGCUUUUGUUCUGGAGAGUUUCAUGGUUCUUGUCAUUUGAUUCUUAUCCGUGGUUUGAACUUUGAGGUAGGGAGGAUGGCUGGAUAUGUGCUUCCCCUCCCCACCCCAGUAUCUGUGGCUCUGACUGCAAUUUGCACAGAACAAUAAUUUUUGUUUUUGAACUUUUUCCCCGUUUCUUUUUUGAUGCACUGAACUGAAUGAUUGAAUAUUCUGCAAAUUUCUUAAAUGUUUUAAGCUAUGAAUAGAAGAAGGUUAUUUUUAUUUAUUUCUAUUAUAACUAUGGUUUGAUUUUUGUCUAUUUGUUCUGUUUUGUUGUUUUUUCAAUCCAACCAGACCUAUUUUCAUGUAAAGAGUGCAACUUGCACCUGCUUUUUAAAGAGUUUUCUCCCCAACGGAGACUAAUGCGCUCCUUUACUACAAAAGGGGUUCCUUUUCAUAUUUAGGGAAUUAGGUACCUAAGGUUCAGAAUUUUUGAGAUGGAGGGAAGAGAACGUAAAGGAAGAGGAAAGUGAUGUUUUGCCUUGGUUAAAAAUUCUGGGGAGAAAAAUGUUUGACUUUAUUUCCCCUUAUUUUCUGUCCCAAAUUCCAAUUUGGAGGUAGGACGUGUUUGGCCUGCUAAUAUUUAAAUUAGUUGAAUUUGUCUCUUAAGCAAUAAAAGAAGUUAUACGGAGUAUUAAUUUAGAGUAUGCUUGGAAAUAUUGAAAGUGACUGAAUCCGUCAAGUGUUGAAUUAUUAAC